AUGGAUUUUAUCAGCAACGAUUCUAGUGAUGACAGUUUGGUCGAAUCAGCUCGGAGUGGUAAUGGUCAUCCGGGGGCAGGACCGAACCAACCCAUCACAGAGGCCACAGUUUUUUCUAAUCCCGCACAGAGUGAGUUAUCAGGAGAGAGUUCCAAUGUCAGUGAAAACAUUUCCCGUCCGGUCACUUCACUUUCAUAUUCUGCAAUGGCAGCAUCGGCUCAUCAAAAUCCCAGUUCAUCCUCCUCAAGAAACCUCCGUCAUCAACGAGGCGGUGGUGGCGUCUCCACAUCCAGUCGACAUGAUUCCUCUGGAGCACGUCGGGGAAAUCAAGGCAGUGGCCGUCAGAGUUCAUCCCGAAAUGUUCCUAUUCCUUCCACGUCAAACAAUCCUGGAGUUCAUAUUCAUGGAGCAUCUUCAUCAAGUCAGUCCCAAUCCCACCACCACUCCAUCCAGGGAUCCGGCAUCAACUACCGAAUUAUGCAACUUAAAACUGUGCGAGGAGAUGUUUCCUCUCAAAUGGAGCUUUUGCAAGAAAUUAACCAGGCCCUAUUAAUGGGUUCAGAUGACUCAUUGGCAGGUUUGGCAGUUCAAGAACUUGUCUCGGGCGUGAUAGAUCUUCUGUCAGCAGAGAAUGCUCUAUCAUGCUUACCAGAGGAGGAGAUAAUUGAAAUCAAGAACCUCUGUUGUAAUAUUCUUGCUCAUCUCAUGGAUGUAAUUCCCAAGGCUGCAGACACCGUCGUCAUGGCUGUGCCCCUCCUCAUCGACAUCAUGUCAUGCAGUUUCGUGGGAGACAUUCUCGAACGCAUUAUCAAUGUUCUCGAACAAGUCUCCCGACGAAAUGGUCGUGAGGUCCUCCACCACGGUGCUGUUCCCAGUGUGAUGGGGAUCUACGACUUUGUAACCGUGGCUCAACACCGAACCAUCCUCUCAAUGGUAGCUAAUUGUUUUUCGAAUGUUCGAAAAGAAGAUUUCGACGGUCAUAUAGCUGGGUGUCUCCAAAGUCUCUGCGAGCGUCUCUCUCCUAUGAGUUCUACAGAACCCCGGUGUCUGGAACGUGUAUGCCUCUGUUUCGCUCGUCUUGUUCAUGCCUUCAAAUCUGAACCAGAGAAGCUUCGACACAUUGCCUCGUUUGGCCUCUGCGAACACCUGCGUCACCUGUUAGCGGCAUCACCACCGAUUGUUUCCAAUAUGAGAGACAUUGCCAACAUGCUGGCAACUCUUUGCACCUAUUGUCCCGACUUGGCGGUCGAUAUUCUCAAAAUGGGUUAUUCGGAGACUGUCUACAACCUCUUGACUGAUCAAAAAUCUCCAGAACUAUCCCUUCAAUCGCCUACAGCUAAGUAUAGUAAUACUUAUAGGGGUCCACGUAGUACCUCGCUUCGAAACAGUAUUGCGCGAACUCUAGAGAGUCGUGGUGCUGAUAACGUCUCUGCCAUUAUAAACCUUAUUAAGGCUAUGCUUCCCCCAGUUCAAGAAAGCGGUCUUCUCUUAACCCUUCCAACCAAUCCAGCUUUAGUGAGAGGUACUCGUUCGAGUGUCCCUUCAAUUUCCUCCAACGUACAAAUAGCCUUGUUCGAGGAACAGUGUGCAGAAUUUGAAAACCUAGUCUCUAACUUCAAGCCUAAUAAUGGUGGGGAAAAAUCUGAGGAGAAAGAACCAUCUGCGAACAUAAUUGUUGUGAAGGCAGUACACCUACUCCUUCCAAUGCUACUGGAUCUAUACACGGAGCUCAAUGGCAUAUCCUCACGACUCAAGUGCAUCGAAAGCAUUCAACGGAUUGUUUGUAAUGUCAGUCCUUUCGUUCUUUCCUGGGUUGUUUCACCACGAGCUGUAUCCUCAAUGGUGGCUGAUAUGCUGGGAAAUCCUGAGUUCUCUCUUAUUGCUGCGGGAAUCCAGUUGGUAAACAUAUUUGUCACGCGAGUUCCCAAUGUAUUUGCGGUCUACUUCCGCAAAGAGGGCGUUCUUUUCCAUCUCAAGAGACUCUCAACUCUUGCUGAAGAUGGAGAGGAAGCAGACUCAACUGUUGCCUCUUCUUCUCGAGAAAUAGUUGAACACCAACAAGUGACUGCUUUGGGUAGACCUUCAACCUCUGGUGAUGCUCAGGAGACCACUCCAUAUCAACUCAGGAGUUCGGAUUAUGCUGAGCCAAUGGUCAGAGAACUCGAAACUUCUAGAAUCUCAUCUAGGCGUAGAAGACACGCUCCCAGAUCGCCACAUUUCAUUGACUCACUAAUUCAUGAUUCGCCUGAACCUUCCCCGAGUGGAUCCUACGAAUCGUCUGAAACUUCUAGUAGCAACUCAACUCUUGACAUGGAUCUUUCAGUAGAUGUUAGUCCAACACUUACAAGUCAAUCACCUGUCCCUAUUUCGAUGGAGGGUACCAGUUAUCAUGAUAGCAAUCUUCGUUCAUGGAUAAAAGCACAAUGCCAAGAGCUGUUCAACCGUAUUCAGACCCUUGUCGCAAAUACACCAAAACCAGAGACGCUAGCUUCCAAGGCUGCGGCGUCUGGAAAGAAAUCUGCUCUUCGCCAUCACUCAACGCCGUUGCAAGGUGUUUCCGCGCCCCCACGAGAUCUUUUGCCUGAGUUGGAAGCUCUGAGUCUUCAGCUGAAAAAGAUCGAUGAUCCUGCUGCUUGGAUUGAAGGACUAGAGCAUCUUGCCAGUCUGCUUAUUCAACAAAUUAAGAGUGUUUCUGACAAUGAGGCACCUUCGCCUUUUGAAAUUCAACAUAGCGGAAUGCUGAAUGCCUUACAAUCUUUCCUCACUGAGCCCUCAGAGCGGCGUCUCAGACUAUUCCUCUUUCUUAGGGUUUUCUUGGGACCCCAAUAUACGGAGAACUUUGAUUUAUCGAGAGUAGCCGAAUCGCCGAAAAUGCUGUCUCUUACAAAGAGCGCUCUACUCUCACUCAAGCAGAAGCCGGAUGUGCAUGAUCUCGCCUUCCCAAUGAUGGUCAAUUGUCUACUUGACUGCUUGCAUCAACAGGAGCACUUCCAAGUUCUCAUAAAUCCAGCCUCCCAGGCGAGCACUGAGGUCUACGCAGAGGAGAUGGUUAUGGCGAUGCGCCAAACAGCCCCACCUCUGCCAACGCCGCCUUCCCAUCGACGUUACGGUGGCAGAAGGGCCCACACAGGCCAAGAAGGGGAUCCCAAUCCAACUCCACGCCCUCUCAUGCCUCGUCGUCUUGCUGGAAUGGCCCCAGGUUACGUUAAAUUGGAUCUCAUUCGUCAGGUGGACGAAAUUUCUACCGCAAACACCUCGAAAAAAUCUCUUCCAGACUCACCCUCUCCCAUUUGGGAUCGAGCGGCUCCUGUUACUUCCCUUCAAGUCUCCUCUCUUCUCACGGCUCAACGACUGCGUAAUCAACUUAUUCAACGGAUUAUGAUUAAUUCUGUUAUGCAAUCUCCUGAGGGUGGUAUUUCUCGUGAUCUACUUCUUGAUCCUGAAGAAGGUCUAUUGACAUCUUUCUCCUCUCCCUCAUCUCUCACGUAUCGACGCCGUGUCGGCGCUAGUGGUGGACGUAGAACCAAUCAGGAACGCUCUGAAGUUCCUUCUAUUCGGAGUGGUGUCCGUACAGAGAUCCUUUCAAUGGAACGUGAACUACUCAGUGCCCGAUCUAGAGAGCUUCAGCAGCAGGGUGACAAUCCCCAAAUUCCAUUGAAUUCCCACGCGAGAAGCAUGUCUUUACUGGCUGCUUUUGGAAUGCUCCAGUUUCCAGGUUCCGUGGGUGGCGUUGGAAAUUCCCCUACGGCAACAGCAGCCCUUCCUUCAUUACAGCAAACGGCCAAUCAGCACCAGCCUGAAAUUUCGUAUAUUCCUACCCCAGCACAUUCCUCAACCUCCCACAGUCGUUCUGCAACUGGACCAUCUGUAAAUGCUUCUACACAAGCGCCGCUCUCGUCUUCUCCACAUGGCGCAUCGUCUUCAGCUACCUUGAUUCCCCCCUCUUCAUCUGCACCCCACUCUACUCGCCAUCAAUCGCAACAACAACAGACUCAACCCGAUCGCCGAUCAGGCCAUCACCACCACCCGUCAAUGAUGUUAAGUGGAAAUCCUACAUCGCCAGCAGAGUUUUUUGAAUCUGUCUCCGUUUCAGGCGCCCCUGUGCCUGUCUUCUAUAUUGAUGGCUUUCGCAUUCCUGAUAGGAUGCCGCUCUAUCAAGCUCUUCGCACAUACUCCAUUAAGGUGAAAGAACGUGCCAGACAACUUCUCGCUGAACACCGAUUCUCCAUGACUGAACAGAAUCGUGAGGACAGGAUCAAUGCAUUUAUCUGGCGCACUGUCCAUACCAUCCAUUAUCGUAUUGAGAAACCGAGUACAGCUUCCAGUGCUGUAGACCCCUUAGCGGAAUCCCAGUUUCCCACCUCAACUUCUCCCACUCCUAGUGUAAACUCUGGUGCUGUUACUAAGCAUUCACCAUCGUCAUCACUUUCCGCUGCUAUCAGCUGUCUGAAGCGUUCAAGACGCUCUGAAGAGCCUGCUCGAGCCUCUCCACCCUCCGCUUUACAUGCACCUCCAGUUGAGCGUCUCUUUACUUUCCUAGAACCUCUCACUGAAUGCAGUGCUCUUAACAAAGGCUGCAUGGCGGCGAACCUAGGUCUCUUGCGUAUUUUGUAUGGUCUGAGCGAAUUUGGAAAUACCUUGGAUGAUCUAGUUGAACCGUAUCCCAUUAUCCCUGCUGAUUAUUUCCAUAGCCAAAAGCUCUCGGCCAAAGCAUCUCGCCAGCUACAGGAUGUAUUUUACGUGCUAGCUGGAAAUCUUCCUAAAUGGCUGGUACAAACCAUCUCAAGCUGUCCCUUCCUUUUCCCAUUCUCUGUUCGGCAAAAUUUCUUCUAUGUUUACAACUUCGAUCGUGAGAGAACUAUCCUUCAUUUACAGGAUACCAUCACGAACUCGUCAACAGAAGGUGAAGCAACCGGAAGCACAGGUAGUUCACGCGGGGGAAGUUCACGAAGGGAUCGGGAUGGUCGGUCAUCUUUCGUUCAUCGUAUUUCGUCUCACUUCGGACGAAAUGCUCUCACUGCUGUGCGCUACGGUGGUUUUGACGGUGGAGCUGCCAUUCUCGAGAACCUUUUGACUGAAUCUGCUAAUCAAUUGAAUAAACAUAAGAUUGUAGUUAGUCGAGAUCCAAAGCGCCUUUUGCGUGCUGCAGAAACGGCAAUGAAUGAUCUUCGCGAUUCACGAUCCGGCCUUGAGAUUGCUUUUGAGGGAGAAGUUGGCUUCGGUUUGGGCCCCACGCUUGAGUUCUACACCCUUGUAAGCCAUCAAUUAAUGACGGCGAGUCUUAAUCUCUGGCAUGGCGAAAAUUAUACCACUGAUGGGUACAUAAUCGCUCCUGCACCUGGACUGUAUCCCAGACCCUUGCCUAAAAAUCUUCGUUCUGCUCAGUCCAGAGAAAUUCGAUCUAAAUUCUUCUUCCUGGGUCAAUUGAUGGCUCGUGCUCUAUUCGACUGGCGUCAACUGGAUCUCUCACUCUCACCGGUUCUCUUCAAGUGGUUUCUAUAUGUUCAAAAUCCUGAGGAGGAUCUCGUUCUCUCUGGACCACGAGUCGGCGUCACACCAGCUGAUUUAGCUCUUGUAGAUCCCUCCUUUGCAAAGCAUUUCCACAAUCUCCUCAAGCUCUCGCGCAGACGAAAGGAGUUGGUUGAUGAGUCGUUGUUAAAUAAAGCUGCUGCUUCUGCCAUUGACCAAGAAAUCCGCGCAAUUGACAAUGAAGUUGAUGACCUCUGUGUGACUUUUGUUCUUCCAGGAUAUCAAAUUGAUCUUUGUCGCAAUGGCAGUCAGAUGUCAGUCACUGGUAACCUUCUAAGUCAAUAUUUGCACCUGGUAGCGAAUUGGUACCUUGUUGAGGGAGUCCGCCGUCAGGUUACUGCUCUCAUUGCUGGUUUUGAUUCGGUCCUUCCGGGUGUUCGAACAGGCAAAUUAGCCACUCUAUUCCGACCAGAUGAGUGUGAGGGUCUUUUUUGUGGUUCAGGCAGUCUUGGUGGACUCUAUCGGGAUCAACUCUCAUUGCUUCGUACUGGAGGCGCCUCUCGAGCUGUGCCUGUGGUGCCGACAUUCAUCACCUCGAAGAACUCUGACGCUUCGUCAACGGCUGUUGGUUGGGAUGUAGACACUCUCAUGAAAUCUUGUCUUUGUGAUCACGGCUAUACCCAUCAGUCGACUGCUAUCCAAUACCUCUUUGAAAUCAUGUCGGAAUUCGAUGAAGCACAACGAAGGCUCUUUAUUCAAUUCGCCACUGGCAGUCCCCGUCUUCCUAUUGGAGGAUUCAGAGCUUUGAAGCCGCCUUUAAAGAUUGUAAUGAAACGAGAGGCUGAGGAACACGCCGACCAACAUCUUCCGUCGGUAAUGACGUGUCAAAAUUACUUAAAGCUUCCAAAUUACUCCAGCAAGCAAAUUAUGUUAGAGAAGCUUCUCUACGCAAUUCACGAGGGCCAGCAUGCCUUUCAUCUCUCUUAG